AUGCCGCUCGGCGCGCCGCCGACGCCGGCGGCGGCGGCCGUCCGCCGAGCCCCCACCUUCCAGGCCCGCGGCGCCGCCGACGCAAGGGAGCUGCUUGGGGCGCUGCUGCCACCGAGCCCCACCUUCCGCCACGUCCAGCAGGCGCACGCGCGCCUCGCGGUCCUCGGUCUCGCCGCCUCGCGCGCCAUGCCCCACCUCCUCGCCGUCCUCCCCCGCCUCCUCCCGGUCAGGACGCACGACGAAGACGAUGACGAAGACGACUACGCCUACCCGCUCGCGCUAUUCCGGCGCGCCAACUCCACCUCCGCCUUCGCGUCCAACAACCUCCUCCGCGUGCUGCCGCACCCGCUCCCGCUCAGACUCUUCCCCCGCUUCCCGCACCGCAACCCACACUCCUUCACCUUCCUCCUCGCCUCCAUCUCCAACCACCUCAGCGCCGCUGGACCCUCCGCCUCCGGUUGCUCCUUCCUGGGCUCCCACGUGCACGCUCUCGCCGUGAAGGCGGGGGCCGCCGGUGACCUCUACGUGCGGAACGCGCUGGUGCACUUCUACGGCGUCUGCAGCGACGUGGGAGCGAUGCGGAGGGCGUUCGACGAGCUGCCGCGCGUGCGGGACGUCCUGACGUGGAAUGAGGUUCUCGCUGGGUACGUGCGAGCGGGCAUGAUGGCUGUUGCGCGGGAGGUGUUUGACGAAAUGCCAGAGAGGGAUGGCAUUUCUUGGAGCACGCUGGUGGGCGGGUAUGUGAAGGAAGGUGAACUGGAGGUGGCGCUGGGAGUGUUCAGGAACAUGGUGGAGCAGGGCAUAAGGCCGAAUCAGGCCGCGGUGGUGACGGCAUUGUCGGCAACAGCACGGUUGGGUUUGCUUGAGCAGGGGAAGUUUGUUCAUGAUGUUGUACGGAGAUCCGGGAUGUCGGUGUGUAAGAAUGUAGGGACAGCACUUGUGGACAUGUAUGCGAAGUGUGGGUGCGUGGCAGUUGCGAGGGAGGUUUUCGAUGGCUUGAAGAGGAGGGAUGUUUUCGCAUGGAAUGCCAUGAUUUGUGGCCUUGCAGCUCAUGGUUUGGGGCAGGAUGCAGUGGAGCUCUUCGAGCGGUUUAUCAGUGAGGGUUUGUCCCCUACAAAUGUGACUUUUGUUGGUGUGCUCAAUGGCUGUAGUCGUUCUGGUCUUGUUGCUGAGGGGCAGCGCUAUUUCAAACUUAUGGUGGAGAAAUGGAGCAUUGAGCCUGAAAUGGAGCAUUAUGGCUGCAUGGUUGAUCUUCUGGGUCGUGCUGGUCUUGUUCCUGAAGCCAUUGAAUUGAUUGAAGGAAUGCAUAUUGCACCUGACCCAGUUCUUUGGGGCACUGUACUAUCUUCUUGCAAGACACAUGGCCUGGUGGAUUUGGGAGUCUCUGUUGGUAACAAGCUGAUUGAACUGGAUCCAUCUCAUGAUGGAUAUUACGUCCUCCUUUCAGAUAUAUAUGCAAAGGCGAAGAAAUGGGAUGAAGUCAGGAAAAUCAGGAAAUUGAUGUCUAGUCGUGGUACCAGCAAGUCAGCCGGCUGGAGCUUGAUGGAAGCACAAGGAAAGGUGCACAAAUUUCUAGUAGGAGACACAUACCACAAAGAUUCUGUGCGGAUAUAUGAUACACUUGACAUGAUCAACAAAAGGUUGACAGAGGCAGGGUAUGUACCAGAUGUGUCAUAUGUAUUGCAUGACAUUGGGGAUGAAGAGAAGGUGCACGCGAUCAAGGUGCACAGUGAGCGAUUGGCGAUUGCUUAUGGCUUCAUUGUUCUUGAAGCUGGCAGCCCAAUCCGUAUUGUCAAGAACCUUCGUGUCUGUGGGGAUUGUCAUGAGUUCAGUAAGAUGGUGACAAUGGUUUUCGAGAGAGAGAUUAUUGUGAGAGAUGGUAGUCGGUUUCAUCGUAUGAAAGAAGGGAAGUGUUCUUGCCUUGACUAUUGGUAA